AUGUCUUUAAAAAAACAUGGUUCUAUUGAUGCCUGGUGUCAAAUUGCACAUCCUAAUUUUAUCAAAGGAGUUCCAGAAGUAUCACGUCUUAUGAUACAAUCAAAAACACCUCAAGAGUAUUUAGAAAAGGGACUCACACCUGAACAGACAAUUGAAUUAAUGGAUGAAACCGGAAUUGAAAAAUUGUGUUUAAACGCCUGGUACAGACCUGGAAAAGUAAUAAUUUCUAAUGAUAUGAUCAGUGAAUGGGUACAAAAAUAUCCAGAUAGGUUCAUUGGAAUUGCAGGAGUUAAUUUAUUAGAUCCUUUUGAAGCCGUUAAAGAAUUGGAAAGAGCUGUUAAUGUACUUGGUUUUAAAGGGCUUCGAGUUAUUCCAUGGCUUUAUAAUCUUCCACCAAAUGACAAGCAUUAUUAUCCUCUUUAUGUAAAAUGUAUUGAAUUAGAUAUUCCAUUUUUUACGCAAGUUGGACACACAGGACCAUUAUGUCCAUCAGAAACAGGAAGACCAAUUCCUUAUAUUGAUGAAAUCGCACUUACAUUUCCUCAAUUAAAAAUUGUUGGAGGGCAUAUUGGUUAUCCUUGGACAAAUGAAAUGAUUAGUGUUUGUUGGAAGCAUCCUAAUGUAUACAUCGAUACUUCGGCAUACCUUCCUCGUUAUUAUCCUACAUAUGGUCAAGACAAAGUUUGUUAUGGUACAAAUUUUCCUCAACUUGGUUGGAAAAAUACAAUGAAACAAGUAAAUGAAUUAGGAUUAAGUGAUAAAGUUAAAGACAAAUUUAUGUAUAAAAAUAUGGCAAAACUGCUUAAAUUAGAAAUAAAGGCAAAAUUAUAA